AUGAAUCCCGCGCAAGACGACCCCUUCCUCUCGGUCCAGUCCGACGUCCUGACCACCCUCUCCUCGACCCGGCAUCUGUUUUCCUCCUACCUGCGUAUCCGCACGUUAUCCCCCUCCCCGACAUCCCCCGAACUCAUCCAGUCACGCUCGGACCUCCAAUCGAACCUCCAAACCCUCACGGCCGACCUGGCCGAUCUGCUGGACAGCGUCCAAGCCGUCGAGUCGGACCCCUACAGAUUCGGCCUCGAUGUCGCGGAGGUGCAGAGGCGGCGAGGUUUCGUAAAGGAUGUGGGCGACGAGGUGGAGGGCAUGAGGAGGGAAUUGGAGGGCAUCACGACCCAGGAGACGCAUGUCGCGGGUGGGCAUGUUGCUUCUAUGGCUGCGGGAAGCGCGACUCGUGAUGGCGGGAGUCGUGCUGGACAAGGCGGCAGGCUACCCGCGCCGGCUAGUUUUGAGGAUGAUGCGCAUGAUGACGCCGACGACGACGAUGAUCCGUACGGAGAGUUCGCGCAGCAGCAGCAGGAGGUGAUGAUGCGGGAGCAGGACGAGCAGCUUGACGGGGUGUUUCAGAGCGUGGGCGUGUUGAGGGGCCAGGCGGAGGAUAUGGGGCGCGAACUGGAGGAGCAAGGGACGCUGUUGGACGAGGUGGACACGCUGGCGGACAGGGUGGGUGGGAAACUACAGGUUGGGGUGAAGAAGGUGGGAGAGGUGAUACGCCGGAAUGAGGACAGCGUGAGCAGCUGUUGCAUUGCGGUGUUGAUUGUGGUUUUGAUUAUUUUGUUGAUUUUGGUCAUUGCGCUUUGA